AUGCUGCUUCUUGCACUGCAAUGGGGUGGAGUCGUUCAUCCCUGGAAAUCGUCGACUGUCAUCGGGUUGAUCAUCGGAUCCGCGCUGAUCAUGAGCAUUUUUGUGGCAUGGCAAAUCUACCUCAAAGACACAGCAUUGAUUCCACCAAGACUGUUCGACAACAGAAAUGUUUGGCUUAUCUGCGCUAGCAGCUUCUUCGUCAAUGGGCCAUUCCAAACCAUUGUGUACUGGCUGCCCAUCUGGUUCCAAUCCGUACUUGGAGUUUCACCAACUGCAUCUGGUAUCCAUUAUCUUCCGACUGUCAUUGCAGACGUUCUAGCAUCGUUCAUUGGCGCUGGCAUGGCAAUGAAACUAGGUGUAUGGAACCCCUUUUUGUUGUUCGCCGAAGCAAUGGUCUGUAUUGGUGCAGGCCUACUCACGACGCUACGUCCCGGCAUCAGCGAUGGCCACUGGAUUGGCUACCAAAUAUUUGGUGGUAUAGGAUAUUCCCUCGCCAGCAACAUGGUAUGCAGGCUUCUCUGCCAAAAGACCUUGUUCCUUUAG